CGUGAGUGAGUGGCAGGAGCCCGCGUGAGGGGUCCGCUCACGCCCCUGAGAACACUGACUCUCCCUUCCUGACGACGCGCCCAGCGGAGUGUGUGAGUGAGUGUGUGCCGCCGCUGGCCUUGGCUCUCCCGCCGCCCUUACGCGACCCUGUCUCGCCCCGAGCCCUGUGGUGGUGGCGCGGCGCCCCCCACACCGCCGCCCCUAGCGAGCCUCCUCACGACUCUCCAGCGGCGCCCACCGCGAGAACAGAGCGACAUACCCCGAGGUGGCGAGGGCGCUGUGGCAGCGACAUGAUGGCGUGACAGCGUGACACUAACGACAUCGAUCCACCCCCGCACACACACGCACACCACCGCUGCACACACGCGUGUGUACACCUCUAGCAGCAGCAGCAGCAGUUGUAGUAGGUGUGUGUGAGGAAGCGGCGCGCGUGGUGGCCGUGUUACUCGCGCGUGGCUGGCGCUGCUUCAGCACCUGAGCGGCCGAGCACCAUGCCGCCCCUGGAGGCCCUCCGACGACGUCGCUGCGGACGAGGACGCCCUGGACUCGAGACUGACGCGUGACGCGAGGGAACCGACCAUGAAAGCGACCACGAUGACACAGAUGCCUGCAAGUAUUUCCCGCCAGUGCCGUGAUUCCCGCCGCCAGCUGCUCGCGUCUCGCCCGGAGUCGGCUGCCCGAGGAAGCGCGUGAAAGGAGACGUGUCGUGUACUAUAACAGUGAGGUGACUGCUGACUUGCCGGCCUUCGGGACUGAGUUAUGUGCCUGCGACAACGGCCGCUUCGGUUGUACAACAGCUGGCUUAUUACUUGAUGAUAGUAGGAGAUUAGCCAGAUAUUAAAUGCCAAGAGAGAGAAAGAUAAGCGAGAGAGAAAAAUAAGAGAGAAGAUAACUCUGAAAAAAAAUAAGUUAAAAAAAGGAGAAAGCAAGCAUCCGAAAAUAAUUUCCAAAAAUACCCUUCUACCUCAUCCCAAUUCUACGAUCAGUAAUUCCGCCACCAGCUUGUGUUCAGUUUUAGGCUUUCAUUUAAGAGAAAUAAUUGUGAAACACCUUUUCCAGCGCGUGUGAAUUAGGACAGUGUGAGUGUCGGUGCCGCCCCCUCCCCCCUCCUGAAUUUUCUUGUGUCAGAGAAAAGAAAAGUGUAAACUCGAAGUUGAUAAGAAUAAGAAGAAAAAAGAAAAAUAGAGAAAAAAAGCUUAGAAAAAGGCCUUUUAUUACCGAUAUUUGAGUGUUCUGGUGAAGUACCCGAGCUCUAAGAGCCAGUCCUGUAGUGUGGGUGUGGGCCCCCCCCCCCCACCUGCAUAGCUUCCCCCCACCCCGCCCCUUGUCCGGGAUGGUCGAAGACGCCCACGCCUCUGUCACAACUGCCGCCCACUACGCCAUCCUGCCUCAACCCCGACUUCCGGGAGGCCAUUUAUGAUUUGUGUGAGGUGAGGGGCAUGCAGGCUGAUGGUCCUGGUGGACGGAGGGGCGGUCAGGGAUCAGCUGGUGGUCGUGGCCCGCUCAAAUAUGCUCUGCUGCGGGGGAAGGAAGUGUGGCUGCAACACGUGCACACUAAAGGAGGGGUCAAAUGGAGUCGGGGCAGAAUUGGCUGCUUCCCCUCGGCGACAGGUGCCUGGUCCAUCACGGGCCCGCGACCCUCCCAGCAUGGUCGUGCAAGGGGACUUCCGCAAGGUGAGCGGUAUCAGCACAGAGAUCUUCCGCCAAAUCGAAACCGUCGAGAACGACCACGAUGCGUCAACGGCAGCGGCUCUCGAUGCGGUGGAGCGACGAGGGGAGAUGGUCGUGCGCCUGCUGGACCCGCGCACGCUCAGCAAGGGGGCGUACGACCAGGCGAAGCGGUUCUUAGCCCUGCAGAAUGUGAAAUUUAGCGUGCAGAUGGUGGAGAUCGUGAAGCGGCCGGGCCAGACCCUCGGCCUGUACAUCCGCGAGGGCAACGGCGCCGACCGCGCGGAGGGCGUCUUCAUCUCGCGCAUCGCGCUUGAGUCGCCCGUCUACAACAGCGGCUGCCUGCGCGUCGGCGACGAGAUCCUGGCCGUAAACCUGGUGGACGUGACGCGCAUGGGGCUCGACGACGUGGUCAUCAUCAUGAGCAUCCCGCGGCGCCUGCUGCUCACCACCCGCUCGCGGCGCGGCGGUCGAGGGGCGCCGCCGUCGCCGCAGCCGCGCCACGAGCCCAAACCGCCACCGGUAGUCGUCAUCAAGAAGGAGUACGAGGAGGAGCCGCUGGACGACUCCAACAGCAACGGCGAGAUGCUGCGGCUGGGCGCCAUGGGCCGGCCGCCGCCGCCGCCCUCGCGCCCGCCGCCCGGCGUGCCUCCGUCGCAGGAGUCGCGCUUCAGCACGUUGCCGCGCUACCGGCCGCCCGAGAACAUGUCGGCGCUGCGUCACGAGGAGCCGCUCAUAUACUACGGCACCAGAGGCAUCCCGCCCAAGGGGCCGUACGGCGUACCCCAGCAAGGGCCCCCGGGCGUGCCCCCCGGCGCCAUGGGCCCGCACGCCACCCACCCCGGCUACCAGCCCCGUAGCUCGCGCCAGGCCAGCGUGCCGCUGCCGCCGUACGGGCCGCCGCCGCGCCCGCCGCUCGGCUCCGACAUCGAGCGCUACUACCAGCCGCCGCCGCCCGUCAUCACGGAGCAGCCGCGGCCGCAGCAGCAGCAGCACUUCACGCCGUACGAGCGCUCGUACCCAAAGACGCUGGAGUCGUUGGCGGAGCGCGUGCACUCGUUUUACGGGCCGCCCGGGACGGAGCCCCCGAUGGCCGUGCCGCCGCGCCAGGACCGCUCACGCGAGCCGCCCAUGUACGGCACGCUGGGCCGCACGACCACCGUGGGGCGGCCCCGCCUGGCGCGCACGCUCAGCGACCAGCGGCUGCCGGCGACGGAGCGCGAGAGCCUGAGCGACUACGAGGGCAGCGGCCCGUCCGCGCGCCGCAUCAAGGCGUCUACGCUGCAGUACCCGUCGGGGGCGCAGGUCACGGACCGCGCCACGCUCGAGCGCUACCAGGAGACCAUGCGGCGCCUGAGCGCACUGCGCCAGAGGACGCGUUCGGUGGACUACGCCAGCGACACAGAAGUCACGCUGCCCCGCUCGUCGCUGCUGGCGCGGGCGAGGGGCACGCACCACGUGCCCGCCGGCGGAGCCGCAGCCGCGCGGUCCAACUCCCUGCCGCGCCACUCGCGCCACCGCGGCGGCUCCCACGUGCGCUUUGAGGCGCGCGGAGGCCCCGCGGUGAGCGAGGACGAAAGCGACGGCGCCGUCAGUGCCCCGGAAAUGCCCACGGGCACCGAGAGAGGUAAGCAGCCCUCUCUCUACACGCACGUGAGGAGAGGUGUGUACCGGCCAAUGGCUCCUAGCGGCUUCAGCAACACUGUACCUGUUACCAAGAAUUGGGCAGCGCCACAGUGAACUGAGUGUCUCUCUCAUACGCCAGUCUAGACCUCCCCCCCCCCCCUUGCGCCUGAUACCCCCCCCCCCUGUCCCAGCCUCUCUCUUCCCUCAUUUCUUCCACUUCCCUGUUCUCUCCCGUUUUCUCCCCCUCUCUCGGUCCCUCAGUUUGUCUCUUUGUCUACGUGUAUCUUAAGCUCAUAUCCCGUCUUUCCCCCGUCCCCAUAUUGACCCCCUUCCCUCUCCCUACCUCCCCCUUUUUAUAUUAAUGCCAUUUUGCUCAUCUGGCAACUGCUGGACGGAAAAUUCUCAGCGUGGCGUAGCUCUAGGGUGUCAGUCAGCUGCGGUGGUGGUGAGCCAAUCAGAACAAAGCAUCUGUAAAGGUCUCUGUUUUGAUUAGCCGAGGGUGUUUCUUUCACUCCGUUCUCGACUGAAGUCUGGGCUACGCAGGUUUGAAUAUUUAUUUUUCCAGUCAGUGCCAGACAAUCCUUCCCCUCAGGUGGAGGUGCUAGUUCUAGGGGGACAGACACGCCCUCGCUCGCUGCCAAUGCUCAACACUGGCCUUCAUUUAUCUGCCAAGAGUAAUUUAGUAACGGUUUACCUCCGCCUUGUGUUAGAGUGAAUGGUCUAUCACGCGCGCUUGAAGUUCUAUUAAGUUUCAUUUUUCGUCUUUGCCGAUUAAGCUUUGUAUGAUCACCGUCGUUUUUAUUAUUGUUGUUAUUUUUAUUUUCUAUUCCUAGUGAUGGCCUGGGUGAAUAACCUGUCCCCCUGGAAAGAUCCCGCCGCCCGCUUAGACUUUUACAUGUUGAUAAAUCUGUGUUCGUGUCAUUUACUGUAGUCUUGUGAGAAUGCCUGACCUAGGAACUCAUCAUUUGACAUAUUAACAGCUGAAUGCAAGUGCUUUCAUCAUUAUGUCUCACUUCAAUGAACUACCUUGUUGUAAAAUUGGGUCGAUCCAAGCUGGCCCGCGAGUCAGGGUCCCUAAUCGCUCAUUUCCAAAGUCAAGCCUUUCUGGCGCGAUGUCUACUACAUUAAAGCUUAUACACACUG